UAAUGUGUGAACUUAGUAAGUAAAAUAAUAAUGGUAAUAAAACAUUAUAUGAUGCUGAAACAGUUCAUCCCCAUUGUAACUGUAAGUACAUCCUGUAACCUGAAUCAACAUAAGCAAUCAUUUAAAAAGCGCAUAAGAAAAGUUAAAAAAAAGGUGUUACUUUCUUUUUUUUAAUAGACAAGAAAUAGUGGUCCACUGAUGGUAAGGUUGGAAUGUAUGUGUGUGUGUCUUGAGGAGGCCAACCCUUACACACACACACACACACACACACUCGAGCAUCUCCCAGAUGAAGGCUCCAGCCUCAGCUGUGUGUCGUUGCUCACGGUGAGUGAUCAUCAGUUGGUUGGUCUCCGUUCAGUCUCUCUGUUUCUCUGUUAAUCGUCUCGGAAUAGAUCGCAUUGAUUAUUGUUCCCUCCCUGCACCAUUUUCGUAGCCUUCACCGUCUGCAGUCAGUUCUUCUUCUUCUAUUCUCAUCACUCACCGCAGCUGAACGGAGCUUCGCUUAUCAUUUUACAUGACUCCAUCCGCGUCUGGUGAUUUUUAUUCAGGAGGAGGAAGAGGAGGAGGAGGAAGAAGAGGAGGACAGCGUUUUUUUUCUGCGGAGAAAUCUGCGGAACGUGGAGCUUGAAAUGAACGGUCGCCACUGAAUGACAGGAUACAUGGAGGCACCACAAGCCUGCGCCUGUGACAAACUUGUAGGGAAACCCCCGGGAGGUCCCAGGAGAAGAUGGCAUUUUGGAGGAGAAAUACUUUUGUUGAGAAGGAACGCCAUGUAAAGGCCAAUGCGCGGGACUACAAUGACAAGUUUUCUUACGCUGACAAUCGCAUCAAAACCUCAAAAUACAACAUCUUCACUUUCCUGCCCAUCAACUUGUUUGAGCAGUUCCAGAGGGUGGCCAAUGCUUACUUCUCAGUGCUGUUUAUACUGCAGGUAAUUCCAGAAAUAUCCUCUCUGUCCUGGUUCACAACCAUCGUGCCUUUGGUGUUGGUGCUGGCAAUCACAGCCAUCAAGGAUGCCACAGAUGACUAUUUCAGACAUAAGAGUGACCAGCAAGUCAACAACCGCCAGUCUCAGGUCCUCAUCAGGGGAAGUUUGCAGAAUGAGAAAUGGAUGAACGUUCGAGUCGGGGAUAUCAUCAAACUAGAGAAUAAUCAGUUUGUUGCUGCAGACAUCCUCCUUCUCUGUAGUAGUGAGCCCUAUGGACUGUGCUAUAUUGAGACUGCAGAGCUAGAUGGAGAGACAAAUCUGAAAGUUCGUCAGGCCUUGUCUGUCACCUCAGAUUUGGGAGAUAUCUCAAAACUGAUGGACUUUGAUGGAGAAGUCAUCUGUGAGCCACCAAACAACAAGCUGGAUAAAUUUACUGGAACGUUAUACUGGAGAGACAAUAAAUAUCCUCUGGAUAAUGAAAAAAUGCUACUGCGAGGUUGUGUACUCAGAAACACUGAGUGGUGUUUUGGAAUGGUUAUAUUUGCUGGACUGCAAACCAAACUGAUGCAGAACUGUGGAAGAACAAAAUUUAAAAGGACAAGCAUUGACAAACUGAUGAACACACUGGUUUUGUGGAUCUUUGCCCUGCUCAUUUGUAUGGGAGUUAUUCUGGCUAUUGGAAACACUAUUUGGGAGAGUCGGGUUGGCAGAAACUUCCAGGUGUUUCUGCCGUGGAGCGAGUAUCAGACCAGUGCUGUUUUCUCUGGCUUCCUCACCUUCUGGUCCUACAUCAUCAUCCUCAACACUGUUGUGCCCAUCUCACUGUAUGUCAGUGUGGAGGUCCUGCGGCUCGGUCACAGUUACUUCAUUAACUGGGACCGGAAGAUGUACUACAGUCAGAGGGACACUGCAGCUGAAGCUCGCACCACCACCCUUAACGAGGAGCUGGGCCAGGUGGAGUUCAUCUUCUCUGACAAGACCGGCACCCUCACCCAGAACAUCAUGGUGUUCAGCAAGUGCUCCAUUAAUGGACAAACGUAUGGUGAUGUCUAUGAUGAAUUUGACCAGAAGGUGGAAAUUACAGAAAAAACAGCCUGUGUGGACUUUUCAUUCAACCCUCUAUGUGACAGAAAGUUUAAGUUUUACGAUGGCAGCCUGAUUGAAGCCAUUAAACUGGAAGAUCCUGCAGUGCAGGAGUUCUUCAGACUGCUAGCUUUGUGCCACACUGUGAUGCCAGAGGAGAAGAGCGAAGGACAUUUGGUGUACCAGGCCCAGUCACCUGACGAGGGAGCACUGGUCACCGCGGCUCGAAACUUUGGGUUUGUCUUCCGGGCUCGAACCCCCGAGACCAUCACACUGUGUGAGAUGGGACAAGCUGUCACCUAUCAGCUGCUGGCCAUACUGGACUUCAACAACGUGCGCAAGAGAAUGAGUGUCAUUGUAAGAAAUCCACAAGGCCUGAUUAAACUUUACUCCAAAGGAGCCGACACCAUUAUCUUUGACCGCCUGGAUCCGUGCAGUGGAGACCUCAUGUACACUACCUCAGAGCAUCUCAAUGAAUUUGCUGGAGAAGGGCUUCGAACAUUAGCUCUGGCCUACAAAGACCUUGAUGAACAUUAUUUUGAAGUUUGGAUGAAGAAGCUUCUGUUUGCCAGCACUGUAAUUGAGAACCGUGAGGACCAUCUGGCUGUUCUCUAUGAGGAGAUCGAGCAGGGCUUGAAGCUUCUAGGAGCCACAGCAAUAGAGGAUAAACUACAGGAAGGAGUCCCGGAGACAAUCGCCUGUCUGGGCCUAGCCGACAUCAAAAUCUGGGUCCUCACAGGAGACAAACUAGAGACGGCGAUGAACAUCGGCUACUCCUGCAACAUGUUGCGAGACGACAUGAAUGAGGUGUUUGUUAUCUCUGGCCACACAUUACUGGAGGUGCAGCAGCAGCUCAGGAGCGCUAAGGAGCACAUCCUCGGCCUGAGUCGAGUUAGCAGUGCAGGAGAUGUGGAGAAGACGGAUAUGUUUGCAGAAGACUCUGUGUUUGAAGAAACCAUUAUUGCAGAGUACGCCUUAGUUAUCAAUGGACACAGUUUGGCUCAUGCUCUGGAGCCACAGCUGGAGCACACCUUGCUGGACUUGGCCUGUUUGUGUAAAACUGUCAUCUGCUGCCGGGUCACUCCAAUGCAGAAGGCUCAGGUUGUGGAGCUGGUGAAGAGGCACAAGAGGGCCGUCACCCUGGCAAUAGGGGAUGGAGCCAAUGACGUCAGCAUGAUUAAGACUGCUCACAUCGGUGUUGGAAUCAGUGGUCAGGAGGGGAUGCAGGCUGCUCUGGCGUCAGAUUACUCCUUCGCUCAGUUUCGGUACCUGCAGCGGCUCCUGCUGGUGCACGGACGCUGGUCCUACUUCCGCAUGUGCAACUUCCUGUGUUACUUCUUCUACAAGAACUUUGCCUUCACGCUGGUCCACUUCUGGUAUGGUUUCUUCUGUGGUUUCUCAGCUCAGACUGUGUAUGACCAGUGGUUCAUUACCCUCUUCAAUAUAGUCUAUACAUCUUUGCCAGUACUGGCAAUGGGACUUUUUGAUCAGGAUGUUAAUGAUCAGAACAGUCUUCGUUACCCGAGCCUGUACAAACCCGGCCAACAAAACCUUCUCUUCAACAAGCGCCAGUUUUUCAUGUGCACACUGCAGGGGAUGGGCACAUCGUUCCUGCUCUUCUUUAUUCCCUACGGAGCCUUCUCUGUCACGGUGAAAGAAGACGGCUCCAACUUUUCUGACCAACAAGCAUUUGCUGUUACCAUAGCAACGUCCUUGGUAAUUGUCGCAAGUGUCCAGAUUGGACUUGAAACACACUACUGGACAGCUGUCAAUCACCUCUUCAUAUGGGGGAGUCUGACUGUGUACUUUGCCAUUUUAUUUGCAAUGCAAAGCAAUGGCAUGUUUGGUAUCUUUCCAAGUAAUUUCCCAUUCAUAGGCACGGCCCGUAACUGUCUAUCAGAGAAGAGUGUGUGGUUAGUCAUUCUGCUCACCACUGUGGUGUGUGUUGUGCCUGGCUUAGCCGUCAGCUUCCUGAGAGUAGACCUCUUCCCAACUCUAACGGACAAAGUUCGUCACCUACAACAGACCACAAAGAGGCAAGGGCCUCAGGAGCAGAACCUGAGGCGAGUACGCAGGACGAGCUCCCGUCGCUCCGCCUAUGCCUUCUCCCACCAACAGGGCUAUGGAGAGCUGAUUACCUCAGGCAAGAACAUGAGGACAAGCACAGUGUCUUCUGCUCGCUCCCCUCAAAGGACUCCGCACAGCUCCAACUGGAUAGAGAAUAUGUUAAAGAGAAAAAACGAAGUCUCUUGCAUCUCGGUAUGAAAGCACAGGAGCAGCAGAGAGCAGCAGCAGGGCUAUACAGACUCCAAGGACACAGCACACAGACUGAGCUCGACCUCUGACAGACACUAUAUACACUAUAGGAUACCAUAUGCAUGGAUCCCAGAGACCAAGCACAAGUUAUCAGUGUCCUUCAUUUGGGUGAAUUUAUACUCAAAUCCAAAAACACAGAUGUACCUCAUUUUCUUAGUAGUGUGAUUCAUGUGGACUCUGUUGAAUGUUAAAGGCCAAUUAAAACAUGAUUAUCAAGAGGAACCAUUUACAAAAAAGCCAGCCGAUUGAAAACAGAUAACUUUUUAACCUGCUUGACAACAGCAGCUAUAUUUUAGGACAAUGUUAUGCAUGUGUUGCCAAAAGAAAUAUUUGUUGUCCUAAUCUAAUUUGAUCUGUAAGCAGUUGGUGCAUUUAUUCCAUAUUAAUUUGGUCGCACGUCCUUUUCUGAUUAAUAAAAAUGGUUGGCACAUUUCAGCACCUUGAGAGAAAUCUCUAGCUGUCACAAACUAAAAUGUAAUGCAGAAAUGGCAAAAGCGAAGAUGAAAGUAGCCCCAAGCACCAGUAACAAAGUUUAUUUAUUAAUAUACCUAAGUCUGUAGGGCCUAUGCAUUGAAGCUUCCAUAUCAAUAUACAUCCAAAGUGCUAAAAUACAAGUGUCUGUAAAUACUUAAGUAAAGCUGCUCAAUAUGAUGGUAAGCACAACUUAACUGAUCUUAAUCUCUGAUUACAUUUCACCGACUCCAUAUUGUGCCAGUAUAUAUACCAUUAAACAAAGUGGAACCUCAAAUAUGGGAUUUGUAAUGCCUAGUGCAUUUGUGGACAAAGAUGUGAUGAGAAUAAUUCUAAGAUUGUUUUUCCCAGUGCUGUGCCUUGUAUGGUUCCUGUUAAAGAUAAUCCAUCUUUUUUGUUUGAUGGUUCUUUGGCCUGACUUUAUUUAAAAGAUAUGUGAAACUGGAAUGCAUGGGUUAAAUCUGACAUCUGCACAAAAAUCCUCUUUAAAACAAUAGCUGUAUUGUAACAUUUGAAUGAUCGUUAUCAAACUCAAAACACGAUUUUCAUUUCAAUUGGAUUCCCAGGCGACUUCCCAAAAUAAAAUCAUCGCUUUUAUCAAUCAAGUUAUGAGCAGAUAUUUGACCUGAAAGAGUGAAAGAGAGGGGCUGGGUGAGAUGUGAUGUGAUAAGGGUCCCUGAACAGAUUUAAAUGCAGAAUGCUACAGUUACAUUUAAUACAGUACAGUAGCAUGUGCCUUAAACCACCAAGCCUCAACCACCACUGAAGUGAAAACUGAUUCUGUGCAGAAGCUCAAGGCCAGUGUGUGAUCCUAUAAUCAGGACUUUCCAUUCUGAUUACCCAUUGGGUCACACAUCUUUAACAGCACAAACCCAACACACUCUAACAGCCAGAAGAAACAUGUCUAAGUGAUGCUGUUCCAAUGAUGCUAACUGAUACACAUGUAAAGCCUGGAUAUAUUCAUCAUGUUUAAUUCUCCAUGAUUUUUGCCCUUGAUAAUUACAUAAUGUUGAUCUCUAAAAUGUUAAUAAAAGAUGGAUGAAUGGAUUUUGUAAAGCACAAAUUAAACAUGUGAUUGUUAUUUUA